ACAGCGUCACCCGGAAGGAUUUCAAGGUUGGACAACGAUGUGUUACAUGACCUAACCAGGGUCCGUUUUGUAAUGAAAUCCUCGGUUUUCUUUUGCCUAACGUCGUGUGUCCUAAUAUGACCAGUUGACCGAGAUGUCUACAACAGCAGGACGCGUUUUGACCGGCCUGACACGGUCUGCUCUCAGGCGAGGGAUAUUUAAUCAUCACGGCACUUCGACCGUGAGCAGGCUGAACAGUGUGCGGUCCCUAGCUGUGAGCUUACAGAGGACAGCCAAGUCGACAGAUGACGAGGAAGAGGUGAAAUCUGAGCCCAUCAAGUUCUCCACCAGUAAAGCCAGUCACAAAAGCUGGAGAGUCGAGGGCUCCAUGGGGAGCCAGUAUGAGCGGCCCUGGUGGAAAGUCCUCCCCAUCAGCCUGUUUGGAAUGAUCUUCCUCCUGUGGUGUGCCCUGAGAGGAGAGUCGGACAUUGAUUCAAAGCUGGAGGAGAAUCUGUACGAGCGUUUACCAGGCUUGCUUUCAGAUGGAGAGGAGGCGGAUGAUUCAAGUUAACAAAUCCGGGACUUUGGAUGUAAAUAUUUAGGGCUGUAUUUAUUGUGAAAAGUGUCUGUAGUAUUUUUGGCUAUGGCACACACUUAUUGCUCUGACAUCGCAGAAGGUGUAGUAUCAAAGCCGUCCAGUGCUACAGAAAUGCAUUUUUUUUCAGCAAAAAAUGAAUUGAUUUUUUUUUUCUGACCAUGCAUUGCCUCAGGUUUUAGUUGAGUUUUUGUCCUUAACAUGUGGAAUAAAAUGCCUUGAUUUGAACAACUGUA